AUGUCGUUCAAUCCUCUUUCCGCUAUUCAUAAAGAACACAAACUCGAAGGUCAUAACUAUAUCGUAUGGAAACAAAACUUGGAUAUCGUUCUCUCUGCCGAAGAGUACAAAUAUGUGCUCACUACUGAAUGUCCACCUGAACCUGCUGCAAAUGCUUCUGCAGCAGUGAAAGAAACAUACAGAAAGUGGUGUAAAGCCAAUGAGAUGGCGAAGUGCUACAUGUUGGCUUCUAUGUCAAAGUACUUCAACAUCAGUAUCAAGAAUCGAGCGGCUAAAUCUUUAGCCUUUCGAAGCAUCAUGACUAAGGUUAUGAAGGAGGGCACAUCUAGUUUGCCAGCUAGCUAUCAGCAGUUCAAGCUCAAUUUCGGGAUGAACAAGAGGGCUUACACCCUAGCUGAACUAUUGACUGAGUUGCAGUCAGCGGAGGAUCUUAUGGUCUAG